UUCUUUCACUGCUGAUCCACUGAAAUCAUCAGAAACUCAAAACUUGAGACCGAAACCCAACGAGCAGAAAGGAAAAGUCUAAAAGCGGAAAACCUCUCUUCUUCUCUUUCUAAUUCCGAUUACUCUUCUCGCUCUCUCUCCUUCGCUCAAUCUAAUCCCUAGUAGGGCUCAGCCCAUCGCUUUCUAUGUCACUGCAAAUCGGAGGUAUCUGAGGACAAGAUUAUUUGAAACCCUAGCGUCUCAGUAGUCUAAUCUGCUUCAUUUCGAGCCUGGGAUGGAAGAGGAAACCCUUCGACACUCUGUACAGAGGCGGAAGCGGGUUUGACGCCAUCUGGACUAGAUUCGAGAAGAUAAAUCAGGGGUUUUGGCUUUCAAGUCCUGUUUUUUGAUCGUAGCUUGUUCGAUCUGGGAAUGGAUACGCGAGAUUUAUCGUCGUCGGCUGCUGUAAGUAGGGAUGGUUCUUCGGCAGAUGAAGAUGGUCUUCUUUCUGUCACGGCCGGGCUCGCCAAGGAGGCUUCUUUGUUGUUUCAAUCGCGGAGAUUUGCGGAAUGCAUCGAUGUCUUGAAUCAGCUUUUGCAGAAGAAGGAAGACGAUCCAAAGGUUCUUCAUAAUAUUGCGGUUGCAGAAUACUUUCGUGAUGGUUGUUCAGAUCCAAGGAAACUACUUGAAGUGCUCAAUAAGGUUAAGAGGAGAAGUGAAGAGCUUGCCCGUGCAUCUGGCGAACAGGUAGAGGCUGUUGGAAAUCUUGGAACUAAUGUUGUUCCAGGAUCCAAAGGAAGUAGUACUACGCCACAUCAGUUUUCUUCUACAAAUAGUGCCAGUAUUGCCUAUACAGAUGAAUUUGACACUUCUGUUGCAACAUUAAACACUGCAGUUAUCUUGUUCCAUCUUCAUGAAUAUGCAAAUGCAUUGCAAGUUCUGGAAGCAUUAUACCAAAAUAUAGAACCUAUAGAUGAGACAACAGCUCUUCACAUAUGCCUUUUAUUGCUGGAUGUUGCACUGGCUUCCAAUGAUGCAUCAAGAGCUGCAGAUGUUAUUCUUUACAUUGAAAAAGCUUUUGGUGUUGGUUAUAUGACUAAUCAAGGUGACAAUGGAAACACCACACAUCAACCUUCAAAUCCAGUAGUGAAAUCUUCCUCCACACUAAGCAAUUCAACUGCUCCAGAUAUAUCUAAUUCAGAUUCGGUUGCCAAUUCAAAUGCCUCAGAAAAUCCUUUAUCGAGAACCUUAUCAGAUGAGGCACUUGACUAUGAAUCUCUACUGUCAACACUGGAUAUUAGUGGGCCUAGGCCAGCUAGCCUACCAUCAUCACAUGAUUUGUCGAGAAUGACGGCUGAUCGGCCUACUCCUGCUGUUGAUCUAAAGUUGAAGCUGCAUCUUUACAAGGUCCGACUUCUGCUUCUCACUAGAAACCUAAAGGCAUCAAAGCGAGAAGUUAAGCUAGCUAUGAACAUAGCACGUGGUAGAGAUUCUUCCACAGCAUUGCUUUUAAAGUCCCAGCUAGAGUUUGCUCGUGGUAAUCACCGUAAAGCAAUCAAACUCUUGAUGACAUCAAGUAAUAGGACAGAAUCAGGGACGCCAAGCAUAUUCAACAACAAUCUAGGGUGCAUCUAUCAUCAACUAGGGAAAGACCACACUGCAAAUGUAUUUUUCUCCAAGGCAUUGAGAUGUAGUUUGUCACUCCGGUCAGAGAAUCCUCUUAAGCUUUCAACUUUCUCACAAGAUAAAUCUCUCCUAAUUGUGUACAACUGUGGGCUGCAAUACUUGGCAUGUGGCAAACCUUUAGUUGCUGCACGUUGCUUUCAGAAGGCCAGUUUAGUUUUCCAUAGUCGGCCCCUCCUAUGGCUCCGGAUGGCUGAAUGCUGUAUACUUGCACUUGAGAAAGGUCUUUUGAGAUCUAAUGGUACUCCCACUGAUGGUGAGGUUAGGGUUCAUGUUAUUGGAAAAGGGAAAUGGAGGCAACUAGUUGUGGAAGAUGGGAACUUGAGAAGUAGGCAUUUGAAUUCUAUGGAAGAGAAUGAUGAGUUUUUGGGUGGUGAUAGUCAACAAAAGUUCUCAAUGCCAUUUGCUCGGCAAUGUCUUCUCAAUGCACUACAUUUAUUGAAUAGAUUUGAGUCAAAGCAUCUGAAGGCAGAUUUAUCAAAUUCUGUCUUGGAGGAAGAUGAAUCAAACCAAUCCUCAUCACUGAAGAGCUCAAACCACAAGAAUUUGUCAGUAGGGGAUUCAAAAACAUCAAAUGCAACAUUAAUUUCUGCCUCGGCUAAUGCAAAUGGGGACACAAAAGAACCAAAGGGAGGAGUAAGUCCCAACACUGCCUUACAGAGUUCUGUAUCUUCUUACAAAGAUAUGUACAGAAGAGAGAACAACAUGAUCAAGCAAGCUGUACUAGCAGACCUUGCAUAUGUGGAGUUGAAUCUGGAAAAUCCUUUGAAGGCACUAGCUGCUGCAAAGUCUCUUUUGAGGCUUCCAGAAUGUUCAAGGAUAUACAUUUUCCUAGGUCAUGUAUAUGCAGCUGAGGCCUUGUGCUGCUUGAAUCGGCUAACGGAAGCUGCUGAGCAUUUGUCAGUCUAUGUUACAGAUGGGAAGAUUGAGUUGCCAUACAGUGAGGAAGACAGAGAAAAGUGGCGAGUUGAGAAAGGUGGAGAAGGUGAAGAGGCAAAUGGUGGUUCACUGGCUCCCAAGAAUCAACCUGCAGAAGAAUCUCAAGGUAUUGUGUUCCUCAAACCAGAAGAGGCUCGCGGGACCCUAUAUGUAAAUCUCGCCACCAUGUCCAUUAUCCAAGGCGAUAUUGAUCAGGCCCAGAGGUUUGCAACCGAAGCACUAUCUGCAUUACCCAACAACCCAAAGGCCGUUGUCACAGCUGUUUAUGUGGAUCUCCUGCAAGGGAAGUCACAAGAAGCACUCUCAAAGUUGAAACAAUGCAGCCAUGCCAGAUUUGUCCCAGCAGUGUAACAUGAAGAGAUCUUCCUGAUGGUUGUAUUGGUGGCCUUAAUUGAUCAAGUGUCCAGCCCAACACCCUGUUUGAGUUUUACCAGGUUGACGAAGGAAUUGCCUAGGAUAUCUGUAACAUAUAUAUGAUGAGUCGUAGAAUAAGCUUUUUCUAUGUUUAGGGUUUGGUGGCAUGGCACUUUUUGUUUACCGCAGAUGCCCCCGUUUCAGAUUCAAGUGUAGUUUUUCUGAUUCAGAUUACUAUGAUUAGUGGCUAAUCCAGUUGGCAUUCAACAAGGAAGGGGGGAGAGAUACGGUCUCUUCUCAAGGAAAAAAAAUUAUUCAUUCUGGAAAGUAAAUGCAAAUGCAAAAUCAAGGUCAAUUCCUAUGCAAGAGUCUUUUCUUUUCUUUUCUUUUCUGGUUUUCUACUCUGGUUGUAGUAGCAGGAGAAAAGCCAGAAGAAAUAGCAAUCAAUCGUGUCAUACAGAGUACUGAUCCUCUUAUUUGAAGGCGCCUUCACGGCUUUAACCA